CCCCUCCGUCGGUCGCUCGUCCAAGGUGUCAGAGAAGGGCCCGCCUCGCCCCUCCGCCUUCCCGGGCGGGGACCUCGCCUCGCCCCGCCCCGCGUUAGCCACGCCCAGGCGCCCUCAGCGCGCGAGGCCCGCGGUCCCUUUAAGAAGCCCGGGGCCCGCCUGGCUCCCGCCGCCGCCGGGCAAUGGCCGCGCAGUUACUGGAGGAGAAGCUGACCUGCGCCAUCUGCCUGGGACUCUACCAGGACCCAGUGACGCUGCCCUGCGGCCACAACUUCUGCGGGGCCUGCAUCCGGGACUGGUGGGACCGCUGCGGAAAGGCGUGCCCCGAGUGCCGGGAGCCCUUUCCCGACGGCGCCGAGCUGCGCCGCAACGUAGCCCUCAGCGGCGUGCUGGAGGUGGUGCGCUCCGGGCCCGCCCGGGAUCCCGACCCCGACCCCGGCCCCGGCCCUGGACCUGCCGCGCGCUGCCCCCGCCACGGGCGGCCGCUGGAGCUCUUCUGCCGGACCGAGGGCCGCUGCGUGUGCAGCGUGUGCACCGUGCGCGAGUGUCGCCUCCACGAGCGGGCGCUGCUGGACGCCGAGCGUCUCAAGCGCGAGGCCCAGCUGAGAGCCAGCCUGGAAGUUACCCAGCAGCAGGCCGCCCAGGCCGAAGGCCAGCUACUAGAGCUGCAGAAGCAAAGCAGCCAGAUCCAGAACUCGGCCUGCAUCUUGGCCUCCUGGGUCUCCAGCAAGUUCAGCAGCCUGCUACAGGCCCUGGAAAUGCAGCACACGGCAGCGCUGAGGCGCAUCGAGGUGGCCAAGACACAGGCGCUGGCACAGGCUCGAGACAAGGAGCGGCAGCUGCGGGGCCACUUGGAGGCUGUGGCAGGCCAUGGCUGCAGGAUCCGGAAGCUCCUGGAGCAGGUGGAUGAGCAGACCUUUCUGCAGGAAUCACAGCUCCUCCAGCCCCCAGGGCCUCUUGGGCCACUGACCCCUCUGCAGUGGGAUGAAGACCAACAGCUGGGUGACCUGAAGCAGUUGCUAAGCCGGCUGUGUGGCCUCCUCUUGGAAGAGGGGAGCCACCCCGGGGCACCAGCCAAGCCUGUGGACUUAGGCCCCGUGGAGGCCCCAGGUCCCCUGGCACCGGUCCCAAGCACAGUUUGUCCACUGAGGAGGAAACUCUGGCAGAAUUAUCGCAAUCUGACCUUUGAUCCAGUCACCGCCAACCGUCACUUCUAUCUGUCCCGCCAGGACCAGCAGGUGAAGCAUUGCCGUCAGUCCCGGGGCCCAGGCAGGCCCGGCAGCUUCGAGCUCUGGCAGGUGCAAUGUGCCCAGAGCUUCCAGGCCGGGCACCACUACUGGGAGGUGUGCGCGUCAGACCACUCGGUGACGUUGGGCGUCUCCUACCCGCAACUGCCACGGUGCAGGCUGGGGCCCCACACAGACAACAUUGGCCGGGGACCCUGCUCCUGGGGGCUCUGCGUCCAGGAGGACAGCCUCCAGGCCUGGCACAACGGGGAGGCCCAGCGCCUCCCAGGGGUGUCAGGGCGGCUCCUGGGCAUGGAUUUGGACCUGGCCGCAGGCUGCCUCACCUUCUACAGCCUGGAGCCCCAGACCCAGCCCCUGUACACCUUCCAUGCCCACUUCAACCAGCCCCUCACCCCCGUCUUCUGGCUCCUCGAGGGUAGGACCCUGACCCUGUGCCAUCAGCCAGGGGCUGUGUUCCCUCCAGGGCCCCAGGAAGAGGUGCUCAGCUGAAGAAGGCAUGGGAUGGAGCCCUGGCAUAGCUGCCACCAUGCCUGUGUGCCCAAGAGCUGCCCAGCUCCAGCUUGGGGACUGGAAGACCAGCUGUUGGCCUCUCUGUUAACUCAGAAAGAGAUUGGAGGUUGGGGGAGGUGAGCAUAAACGCAGAGUUCACUGUUGCAGCCUUUUUGAAGGGGACACAGUCUAGGAGGGGGAUAAAUGGGAUGCCCUUGCCCCAAACAGAACCCAGUUCUAGGUACUGCCUGGGCCUGGGAGGCAAGAGCAGUGCCCAGGGGACUUCUGGGCUUACAGGGCAGCGUGUGUGACAAAAUUCAGAUCCACCUGAGCUUGCUUCUGGAGAUAAGGGCCAAAGGAGCAGUCAGGGAGGGGCGGCGAGCCAGAGUAGCCCCCGGGGAGACAGACUCCUCCCUCCUCCCCGCCUGCAGCUCUCUUUAAUUUUUUGUAACAUUUGGAUAGACGUCCGUCCUGUCUUGUAUUCUUUUUAUUUUGUGCAUCCUUAUAAUUGUAUUCUACAAACAAUUUUGUUUCCUGCAUUUCAACAUUUUUGUUUUUUUAGGAGAUGGUCUUGCUCUGUCACUCAGGCUGGAGUACAGUGGCACAAUCAUGCCUCACUGCAGCCUCGGGCGCCUGAGCUCAAAGGAUCCUCCCACCUCAGCCUCCAGAGUAGCUGAGAUUACAGUGUUUUCUGAAGUUUCUUGACUUAACAUAAUCAUUUUUCACAUGAUUGAAUAUUUUCACUGAUUGCUGUAGUCCUUCUAAUGACUAUCAAGUUUAUUUAUCCAUUAUUGGACAUUUAAAUUGCUUUCUUUUUAGCUAUACAAACAUCGAUGUGUUUUUUUUGAGACAGGGUCUCCCUCUAUCACCCAGGCUGGUGUGCAGGGGUGCUGUCAUGGGCUCAUGGGAUUCUCCUACCUCAGCCUCCUGAGUAGCUGGGAUUACAGGUGUGCGCCACCAUGCCUGGCUUAUAAUGAAUAUUUCUGAGCAGGAUGCUUGGCCACGUUUAUGGUCAUGUAUGUAGGUUGCUACCUCAAGUGAGUCACUCAGGGAACAAUGAGCACUUGAAGAUUUUUUUAGGCCGGGCACGAUGGCUCAUGCUUGUAAUCCCAGCACUUUGGGAGGCCGAGGCGGGCGAAUCGCGAGGUCAGGAGAUCGAGACCACGGUGAAACUCCAUCUCUACUAAAAAAAAUACAAAAAAUUAGCCGGGCGUGGUGGCGGGCGCCUGUAGUCCCAGCUACUCGGAGAGGCUGAGGCAGGAGAAUGGCGUGAACCCGGGAGGCGGAGCUUGCAGUGAGCCGAGAUCGCACCACUGCACUCCAGCCUGGGAGACAGAGUGAGACUCCGUCUCAAAAAAAAAAACAAAAAACAAAAGGCCACAGUGAGGCCACCUUGGGUCAAGCCGACUAAGGCCCCUCAACCCUGUCACUAAGCAGCAGAUGACACUGGCGGGACCUUCGUCUCCAGCAUCCCACCCCUGGGUGUGGGACUUUGGGGCAGCCGUGUGUGCAGGUGCCGGCACAGGCUAGCUCCUCCUGGUUUGGUGUAGUGUUUGCUAUUGCAGAGCAAGCUGCCAUGAAGACCCCUGGGCAUGAUUUUGCUUGUAUUUCCGGAAGUGGGGUUGCUGGGUCAUAGGGCAGGUGUAAUUUUUUUUACUUGAAAUGUUCCACUUCUUGUUCUGGGAGGUGGUUCCAAGGGUGUCUGCUUUUGGCCAGACGCGGUGGCUCACGCUUGUAAUCCCAGCACUUUGGGAGGCCGAGGCGGGUGGAUCACAAGGUCAGGAGUUCACCACCAGCCUGGCCAACAUGGUGAAACCCCAUCUCUACUAAAAAUACAAAAAUUAGCCGGGCAUGGUGGCGUGCGCCUGUAAUCCCAGCUACUGGGGAGGCUGAGGCAGGAGAAUCGCUUGAACCCGGGAGGUGAGGUUGCAGUGAGCUGAGAUUGUGCCACUGCACUACAGCCUGGGUGACAGAGUGAGACUCCGUCUCAAAAAAAAAAAAAGGGAGGGCUAUCUGCUUUUUGUAACUUGAAAAAUUGGACAUCUAUGUUAUAUGUACUCAUGGAUAAAUAUUUCACAAUAAAACUUUUUAAAAGGAUAA